GAAAAAAGAGUAGUAGUAUAUUCCAAAAAGAAAAAAGGUGAAAUUAGCCUAGACGACGCCGUUUGGUUGUCUAUAGCUCCCAAAUCCCAAUGGCAAAUAAAGCCCUACAUAAAGGCUCCGAACCCAAACACAUAUUGAGCGGGAAAACGAAAAGCUGAAAAGUGAAAAAGCCACUGAAAGAUCUCAAAAAGAACUCAAAAUCAAACACCGCCUAUCUAGACCGAGGAAAAAUGAGGGGCACCACUCGCGGCCGUCCCACUGACUCCUUCAAUCCUCCGCUAGCACAACAGUCGCGUGAUUCCGAUGCCAGCUUUGCCAGUAGCCGGCCCUCUUCCGUCGGUGUGGGCCGCGGCAUCUCCUCCGCCGAACCCUACUCCGAUCGCGCAUUCCAAGCGGCCACCAUCCGCUCUAUCAACGCCUUCUUCUCCUCCCAUUCCAUUCCCCUUAUGUCCACCAAACCCUCUCAAGCUCCUUCCGCCAAGGACCUCUCAAAUAUCCUCACCUCCCUUCUUUCCCUUAUCGAUUUUCCUUGCUCCAAACUCGAGGACGACCUAGGUUUCCUCCUGAAAACCCUAAAUUGCCCCUUCAAAUUCAACAAAUCCACGCUCCGUGCCCCUAAUACCCCCCACAAUUGGCCUUAUUGGCUUGGUAUCGUUCACUGGCUGGUCCAACUUGCAAUGUACAAUGAACAUUUAUCUCAGAAUUCCACAACUUCUUUUGCUCAAAAUAAUAGCAUGAAUGAAUAUGCAUUGGAGAGCUACACGCGAUUUAUACAUGGCGAGGAUGAUUUAUUGGAGGUUUUAGAUAACCAGUUCAUGGAGAAGGUUGAGAAGGAGAGGGAAAACGUGGUGGAGAACAACAGGGCUUUGGAAAAGAGUGUUGGAGAACUGGAGGCGAAAGCAGAGGGACUAAGGAAGGGGCCAACAGAGAGGGAACUGUUAGAGAAGGAAAAGACUGUGUUAGAAGAAGAUGUGAAGAAGUUUCAUGCUAUGAUCGCUGAGUUUACAGGGAGGAUUGGGGCAAUGGAAAAGGUGUUGGAGGAAAAGGAGAAGGAGUUGAAUGCAAAGGAAGAGGAGAGGAGGCGUAUUUGCGAGGAAAAUGAGGAGCUUAAAAAGAGAGUGGAAUUGCAAACUUUUAAUGCCAGAGAUGUGGAAAGGAUGAAGAGGGAGAUGCAGGCUGUGGAGAGGGAUAUUGUGGAGGCAGAGGUUGCGAGGAAUUCAUGGGAGGAUAAGUCUUGGGAUCUUGAUUCUACUAUUGGACACAAGUUUAAGGAGCUAGUUGGGCUUGCAAUGGAAUGCAACCAAGCGAUUAGGAGGUUAAAGGUUGGUAAUGAUUAUCAGUAUGAGGUGAAUGCUAAAGGCUCAACACCUGCUGAGGUGAUGGGGAUCGACUACAAAGCUACACUUAAGCCUGAGCUUGAAAGGUAUGGUGACAACAUAAGGGAGAGUUCUAAGAAAAAGUUUGAAGACAUGAUUAUCCUUCAGCAACAAUCAAAAGAAAUGGCUAACAUGAUUGAGGAAAAGAAAAAGCUUAUUGCUGCACUUCAAUCCCGUAUUGAUGAAGUUGAAUCCCAUUUAAAUUUGUUCAAGAAGGAAAUGCAGGAAUAUGUUUAUAGAUCUACUGCAGAAGUCAAGAAAAUGGUUGAGGAUGUCCAAACUGAGGCUUAUAAAUUAGAUAUCACAGAAAAAGAAGCAGCAGAGAUUCUGAAGGCUUCGCAACUGAGGUUGCAAGAAGCAAUCCAACAAAGUGAAGAGGAAAUUCAGAUGCAUGCUCGUGAACUUUUUAUGAUGGUUGAUUCCGUCUCAAAAUAUAAAGAACAUGUUGAAUCCAAGAUUUCAGAGAUGAGGGUCAGCCUCUCAGAAACUGCAGCUGCCGUAUCAGAUGCUUACAAGGGUUCAUUGCCAGCACAAUUCUCUGGUACUGCAAAUGCAAGUCAGUAAUAUUAAUAGAAAAUCUGUAAUCUAUGAUUAAGUUUGGUCUUUUUGCUUGUGUUCAAAGUUUGAACAACUAUUUUGCUUCUCACUGCUGAUUCGUAGUAUCAGUUAUAGAAAGUUGCCAUGCCAUUUCCGACAUUGUAUGUAAGGGUUUGUUUUGAUUCAACUGUUGAAUGUUUUUCGCCAGUAUU